AUGAGAGUUGUCAAAUCCUUAAUUAGAUCAUUGGUUGCUUCUCCUAAACAACUGCACUAUGAUCCCACAACUGACCUACAUUUAGAUUUAUCCUAUAUCACUCCUCGUCUUAUAGUCACAUCAGCACCUGUAUCAUCGUAUUGGGAAUCUUGGUAUAGAUAUCCCUUAGAUGAUUUAUUAGUGUACUUAAAUUCUGAACAUCAAGAUAACUGGCAUUUGUUUAAUUUCAGAGGUGAAGGUGCUGGGUAUUCGUAUGAGGAAGUCGCAGGUAAAGUCAGCCAUUACCCAUUCCCAGAUCAUUAUCCACCUACUAUGGAAAUUAUCAUUAAUUGUGUGUCCGAAAUGGAUAAAUUCUUAACUACUGACGAUAAAAACAUAGCUGUUUUACAUUGUAAAGCAGGUAAGGGGAGAUCAGGAACUCUAUGUUGUGCUUAUUUAAUCUACCAACUAAAAGAGUUGACAGUAUCCCAAAUUUUGCACCUUUACACACGACGAAGGAUGAAUGCAUUUGCUGGUGAAGGUAUUUCAAUCAUGUCACAAAAGAGAUACCUUGAAUAUUGGUAUAAAUGUGUACACGAAGAAGCAAUCCAAGAAAAAUAUAUGGAUUGGUCUGCCAAGGGUGCAACGAUCGAUUCAAUAAGAGUGAAGAAUUUGCGCACUACCAAUGCGUAUAGUUUAGGUCUAACAAUUCUGGAGUAUAUUAAACAAGGCCAAAACACAGUUGUUCGACAAUUAGUAAAGAUCACCGAGGAGAAUAGUUAUGUCAUUAUAGAUGACUCGGAGUGGGUAGUUUAUAAAUUGACUAAGCCUACUCUUGUAUCCUCAGAGGAUAUAAUGAUUGGUAUGAAAAGUUGGUGUUAUCUAUGGUUCAAUAUUUUCUUUGAAAGUGCCAACACCAAAGGAUCUACCCAAAGGGCUAAGUUUGUCUGGGUUGAUUUUGAUGGAUUCAAAGGGACAAGUCAAAAGGGAUCCCGGAUCUUUGAUGCAAUUGAAAUAGAUUGGUUUGAAAAUUCAAAUUAA